CUGCUUUCACAUGCCAUUUGUUUGCUGCUUACGGAGGACUGGAUUUGUCAGUUUCAACUAACAUCUUAGCUUUCCAGUUGCUUUGCUGCUGAGGAUUAACUCUUUCUCUGCGGAUCUGCAUUUGAGACGAAACAAAAGCAUCGGCUAAUGCCAAGGAUGAAGAUGCUGGGCACCGGUGAGUUUGCACAGUGAGGGGAGCCGUUUGGGAGGAUUGUGCAGCUUUCUCCCCUUCAGGGAUUAUUCUGGAAAAAGAAAGGAAACUGAAAGCUGAACUCCUUUGGGAAGGCCUUUACUCCAUCUUCACUCCUGUAACCCAGCAACAACCAUCCACCAAUCAGCUUUGCUCAAUGGCUGAACUAGAGUUUGCUUGCAGUCCUCUCUUCCUUCUCCUUUGCAACUGUCCUCCCCGACAUCAUUACCAGAAGGCUAAUCUCCUUUCUCACCCUGUCAUCUUCCAAGUCCUGUAGGAGAUGAACCUGCAAGCUUUGUUAAGGAUUUAGUGUGCUCUGAGACCAAAAAGUGACGAAACAACAAACUAUACAACUGGCACAAUGUUCCGCAAGAAGAAGAAGAAACGCCCUGAAAUCUCUGCCCCGCAGAACUUUGAGCAUCGUGUACACACCUCAUUUGAUCCAAAGGAGGGGAAAUUUAUUGGCUUGCCUCCACAAUGGCAGAAUAUUCUGGAUACUCUGAAACGGCCGAAACCUGUUGUAGACCCUUCAAGGAUUACUCGGGUGCAGCUUCAGCCUAUGAAGAAGGUUGUGAGAGCCAGCACAUUUGAAGUGGAAGGAUAUAUCUCUGGGAUACUGAAUGAUAUCCAAAAGCUUUCCCUCAUCAGCUCUAAUACUCUGAGGGGGAAGAGCCCAACUAACAGAAGAAGAGCCCAAUCAUUGGGACUUCUUGGGGAAGAUGAACCUACUGACAUGUAUCUACAGUGCCCUGAGCCAGACUGGACAGACAAAUAUGGAAACUACCUCAACUGCAAUGGUGGAUCCAAGUCAUCUAGAAGGCAGACCUUGUGGCCAGAUUAUAAACCCAUCAUGGAUGGACCGGCUCAUUCCAAUGGCCUUGUAAUGAAAGCUCAGUCCCUUGGUCCAUCGGAAUUCCACAGCACAAAUAGCCGAUUUGUCCCACUUCCUUCAAGUUUUCAUCACCAGCAAUACAUCCCAGUUCCUACAAUAAACCAAGAAAAUGCUGGAGGGAGAAGGAACUCAGAAGAGCGCCAUCCUCCACCUUACCAGGGAGCCCCUGCUAAUUCAAGGCCACCUGGGGAAGGCAGUCCUGGCUCCAAGUCGAGGGAAAACAGCUUAAAAAGAAGAUUGUUACGAAGUAUGUUCCCCUCAUCCAGCACCACAAACAAAGCCGGAAUCAACCAGCAGAUAAAGCCCAACCCUUUCUACAGGCCACCACCACAUUGGGGUUCGCCACACAGCCCUGCAGCCAAAUCCCAGUCACUUCCUUCUGACCAGCCAGUUCCGGAUUAUGCCAGGAUUUCAGAAGCAAGUACCCCUCAGAAAUCGCCAACCAAUGAGCACGCAUCAGCUUUGCCUCAAGGCAGGCCAUCACCAGCAGGUUCCCCUCGGAACCGCCAUACCCAAACCAGUUCCAGCAACCUUCACCUUCCCUUGGACUCUAAAGUGCAGCUAACCAGUGAGGAUCCAGCAGUUGUAACCCAUGAGCAGUUCAAAGCUGCACUGAGGAUGGUGGUAGACCAAGGAGAUCCCAGGACAAUGCUGGAGAACUAUGUUAAGAUUGGUGAGGGGUCGACUGGGAUUGUCUGCAUUGCUCGUGAAAAGCACUCUGGGCGGCAGGUGGCAGUGAAGAUGAUGGACCUACGGAAGCAGCAACGACGAGAGCUCCUUUUUAAUGAGGUUGUGAUAAUGCGAGAUUACCAACAUGACAAUGUGGUUGAGAUGUAUAAAAGUUACCUUGUGGGAGAUGAACUCUGGGUGCUGAUGGAAUUCCUUCAGGGAGGAGCUCUCACUGAUAUUCUUUCUCAAGUCAGGCUGAAUGAAGAGCAAAUUGCGACAGUGUGUGAGUCAGUCUUGCAGGCACUUGCCUACCUGCAUUCUCAAGGUGUGAUUCACAGAGAUAUUAAGAGUGAUUCUAUUCUUCUUACUCUUGAUGGAAGGGUGAAACUCUCUGAUUUUGGCUUUUGUGCUCAAAUCAGUAAAGAUGUGCCAAAAAGGAAGUCAUUAGUAGGAACACCUUAUUGGAUGGCCCCAGAGGUUAUUUCAAGAUCCCCGUAUACCACUGAGGUAGACAUCUGGUCUUUGGGCAUCAUGGUGAUAGAGAUGGUAGAUGGAGAACCUCCUUAUUUCAGUGAUUCUCCAGUACAAGCAAUGAAGCGGCUUCGUGACAGCCCUCCACCCAAAAUAAAGAAUUGUCAUAAGACAUCACCAGUUUUAAGAGACUUCUUGGAACGGAUGUUAACACGAGACCCCUUGGAGCGAGCAACAGCACAAGAACUCUUGGAUCAUCCCUUCUUGCUUCAGACUGGACUCCCAGAGUGCCUGGUGCCCCUUAUCCAACGCUACAGGAAACGCACCUCCACCUGCUGACCCUGAACUCAUGGACCCCUAGCAUCAUAGUAUUGCGGUGCAAACGUUCUCCUGGAAACAUUCACUGGAUUACUCUUGUUAUGAUUACAAAUAUUUAUAUAUACUUUUUCUGCUCGUCAGAGCCCGCAAAAUGAUGCUCAAUUAAAGUCAAAACUUUUAUUUUAAAACAAAACAUUCUCUUUUAAAAAUAGGCCAAAAUACAUUCAAAAGCCUAUGAAAAGAAUUUUUAUUCCUGGUUGAAAAGUCAGUACCAGACUUCCCUUGGAAGAGUUCUACAACAAAAGUUCUGCUACAGAGUAAUAUCCACUUUAUUUAUCUGCUGACAAUGGUGGAACAGUCAGGACUUCUGAUGAAAUUCUCAAAUUAUGGGCAGGCUCAUACAGAUGAAAAAAGUAUUUCAGAUAUCUUAGCCCUCAGUUUUGAAUUUGCCGGUAUUUGUUUCUAAUUUUUCAGUGUCCCGCCCCCCCC